AUGGCUCUCUCAGAACGCCGAAUCCUCAUCCUGUAUGGCUCAGAAACGGGCAACGCUCAGGAGAAGGCAGGAGAGAUCGAUAGGCUAUGUCAAAGGCUACGAUUCAGCACGGAGUUGGAAGAGAUGGAUGGUAUCAAGUUGAAUACUUUGCUCUCGGACUUCAGCCUGGUCAUAUUCGUCAUAUCCACGACUGGACAGGGACAGUUUCCUAAAAAUGCUUUGGGUUUUUGGAAGAGUCUGCGCAGAGCUAAACUUCCACCAAACUGUCUCUCGUCUGUUCGGUUCACCACCUUUGGACUUGGCGACAGCUCUUAUCAAAAGUGUGCUACCCGAACCAUUCUUGUUUUCCUGUCGAUUUUCUCACGCCUGUAUAGAUACAAUUGGGCAUCAAGGUUGCUUCGCAGUCGCCUCCUUCAUCUAGGAGCCCAGGAGGUCUUUGAUCGCGGUGAAGCUGAUGAGAGACACGAAGACGGCAUUUAUCAACCGUGGGUUCAGAAUCUGAGAGAAUAUCUUCUGUCCAGCUUUCCACUACCCGCUUCUAUUGACCUCAUCCCAGCCGACCAUCCUCUUCCACCUCGGUACUCUCUGAGGAUCAUGCCCAAGAUGGAAUUAGAUACACCAGAUGAGAUGCCUAUUGAUAGCGCAUCCGCCGCGCAGUCUCCUGACCUUGCCACUUCUAUAUUCAUCGCCAACAGAGAGAGGAACGCAGCUUUGUCUCAUGUAGAAAGGCCACGAUCUAGGCAUGAACAAGACGACGAAGACUGGGAUCGCAUCAAGAGAAAUUUAGCAGUGAGAGCGCGGCAGGACACAAAGACCGCUCCCGUCUGGCUGGGUAGCUCGCCCGUUGAUAUCCUCGAUAAAGCCAACAUCCUGAAGGAUGCUCCAGAAAAGUAUCUCCUUCAUAAGUCACCGGCAACUCCUGCACCAAUAGAGUUCCCAAAAGCCGUGAUUUCCAACAUUCCCGGUACUUCGUUGGCCAGAGUCAUCAGCAACACGCGAGUGACUCCUCUAGGUCAUUGGCAGGAUGUUCGCCUGCUUACGUUGGAAGUCGCCAUUCCGAUAAUGGACAACCUCAAAUACUCCGCUCACCCAGGGGAUGUGAUUGUGCUGUACCCCCAGAACUAUCCAAAAGAUGUGCAAAACCUCAUUGACAUGAUGGAAUGGGGGGCAGCUGCGGAUGCGAAGAUGGAAUUUGUCAACGGAUACAUGCCCAAGGGAUUCCGUCUACAAGAGGGGGCAACUCUGAGAGAUAUUCUCACGAACAACAUUGAUUUCACCGCAGUGCCAACACGAAUGUUUCUCGAAAAGCUGGCGGAUUUUGCAACGAACGGUGACCAAAAGGAAAAGCUGCUGGAGCUUGUCAUGCCUCAGUUUUCAAACGAGUUCUAUGACUUCACAUCACGACCUCGUCGCACAAUACUAGAGGUGCUUGCCGAAUUCUACUCGGCAAAGAUACCUGUAACUCACGUACCCGACAUGUUUCCGAUAAUUCGCGGACGCGAGUACAGCAUCGCCAACGGUGGUUGUUACUGGAAUAAAGUGACUAUUGAAUCAAAAGAAGCGAAGUCAAAGAGCAGCCAGCACCCAGAACGAGGACCGAAGCAAGCCUCGCUGCCUCGUGGAGAAAGAAGCAGCACCCAGAGCGAGCCCACGGCGUAUAACCCACAGGUGACCGGACUUGUCACAUAUCGAUUUGAGCUUUUGAUUGCUCUAGUUGAGUACAAGACGAUUAUCCGAAAGCCACGCCAAGGCCUUUGCUCGCACUACAUCAAGCAUCUACCUGUUGGGACACCGCUCAGAGUUGGCAUAAAAAAUCAGACACCGCCGCCCAACGGGCACCUUGCUGCGCGGCGCCCUCUAAUUGCAAUCGCAGCAGGGACGGGAAUUGCACCGAUCCGAAGUCUCAUUCACGAUCGUAGCCUUCACGACGAUGUUGCCGAAACGUUGCUAUUUUUUGGAUGUCGAAAUGAGGCUGCCGACUUCUACUUCAGUGAGGAAUGGGAUAAGACAAAAGCCCUCACUGUUAUUCCUGCAUUCUCUCGGGACCCAAAGACGGAUAGCAAGGCCGCCUUGUUCCAGCAGCAAAAGAUGGAUGAUCUGGUCGGAAACACAUCCGACCACUAUCUGCGAAUGCAAGCUGGCCUUCCGCCACUGGACGCGCUGUCGACUAGCAAAUUGUCGUACGCCUAUGACGAAGGAAAGAAUUACGUCCAACAACUGAUCAGACGUCACUCGGAGAAGGUAUGCAAAUUACUUGCUCAGGACGCCAUUAUCUGCCUCUGUGGAAACAGUGGCCGUAUGCCUAAAUCGGUGCGGGAGGCUCUACGGGACGCAGCUAUUAUGGGCGGCUUUUGCAAAAAUGAAGCAGAGGUCAAACAGAAAAUUUUCAGUGACAAAGCUGGAACAAGCAUAACCUUUUGGGAAGAAACCUGGUAG